AAAUCGAAAGUGCGGCUUUCAAAGGAAAAGUAAAUAAACACGGGGCAGGGCAUGCUCGGGCAUCCUCACUCGAAUCAUGAACACAGACACAACUCUAAACCAUCAGCACGCAAUACUUUUUUUUAACCAUCAUGUUUGCAAGCUGUAUCAAAAUUGUAAACAAUAUAAAUGUUUGUCUCUUGUGUCUAGACCCGGUUGUGACGUUAACCGAGUAAAAAAAGGCUACGUUAGCUAACUUAAGCUGUGAAACAGGAGUAGAAACACACGCAAUGCACCGAGAUGGACUCAUCCUCUACCACAGACGCCAAAGUCAUUUGGCAAGAAGGUGACGGAUGCAUUGCACCGAACCCGAAGGAUGGUUCCUUGCAAGAGGCAACAAUCCAGAGUCUUCUCUCCUCCUCAACUCAUAAUCAUGAAGAUACCACGGUGUUGGUAAAGUUUAUCAAUCACAACAUCCAUGAUGAUGAUGCUGAUGCUGAAAAAGAAGUAACGAUACCAGUCUCCAAGCUUCAACGAGCCGGCUCCGGUCAGAUCUCCCAUGAGAAGCCCCUGUUCCCCAGCCUGAAUCCCCUUGGCACGGCUGUUCACUUAGUGCUCUCUCUGGGUGAGAAAGUCCCAUACACCGUCAACAGGUACUUGAGGGACUACCAACGAGACGGCAUCAAGUUCAUUCAUGAAAACGUGAACUUAUCCAGAGGCUGCAUCCUUGGGGAUGACAUGGGCUUAGGGAAAACAGUUCAGGUCAUUGGCUUUCUUAGCGCUGUGCUUCACAAGACCGGAACCUGGGAGGACGUUGAGAACAACAAGCCUCGAUUCCUCAGGACUCAGUCGUUUUCAGAGCAGAGGAGACCCAGCAAGGUGUUCUUGAUUGUGGCCCCGCUGUCGGUGCUGUACAACUGGAAGGAGGAGCUGGACACCUGGGGCCACUUCCAGUGCGUGGUGAUCCACGGGCUGCGGAAGGAGGAGGAGCUGUCCCGCAUCAGGGACGGGCGCUUUGAGGUCGCCCUCACCACCUACGAGACCCUUCGCCUCUGUCUGGAUCAGUUCAAUAGUAUCGACUGGUCUGCUGUUAUUGUGGAUGAGGUACACAAAUUAAAGAAUCCUAAAUCCCAGAUAACACAGGCUAUGAAGGAGCUCAAGUGCAAGGUUAGAAUUGGUCUGACUGGGACCAUACUGCAAAACAACCUGGAGGAGUUCUGGUGUGUCAUGGAUUGGGCCAUACCUGCAUGUCUGGGAAGCCUUGGAAACUUCAAGAACCGGUACUCUGAUCCGGUGGAGCAGGGCCAGAAGCACAGCGCAACCAAGCGCUCCCUAGCCACCGCCAGGAGGGCUGUCCGGGGGCUGGCCACCAGGGUCUCCCCCUGGUUCCUCAGGAGAACCAAGGCCCUCAUCAAGGACCAGCUACCAAAGAAGGAUGACCGGGUGGUGUACUGCGCUCUGACGGACUUCCAGCGGUCGGUGUAUCAGACUGUGCUGGACACUGAAGACGUCAUGUUAAUUCUGAGGUCUUCGGACAAAUGUGACUGUCAAAGCGGUCGCACUCGGCGUAGCUGUUGCUAUAAAACCAAUUCUGCUGGUGUGGAAGUGAAGGUGCUGUACUUUAGCUACUUGACCAUAUUGAGGAAGGUCGCAAAUCACGUUGCCCUGCUGCGGUCUACGGAUGGAACCAGCAAGAAACAAAAAGAUUUAGUGGGCGCCGUCUGCGAGAAGGUUUUCCAGAAGUUUCCGGACUUCCUGCGGAGAUGCAAAGAAGAGGCGUUUGAGGCUAUAUCUGACCCCAUGUACAGCGGGAAAAUGAAGGUUCUGCAGAAGCUCUUGAGAUAUUACAUGAAGAGGAGGGACAAAGUGCUUAUUUUCUCUCUUUCCACAAAGCUGCUGGAUGUGCUGGUGAGCUACUGCAUGGCGGAGGGGUUGGAGUACAGCCGGCUGGACGGCAACACCAAGGCCAAAGACCGGGUCAAGAUCGUCAAGGACUUCAACAGCAGCCCCCACACUAACCUCUGCCUGGUCUCCACCAUGGCGGGUGGCCUUGGCCUGAACUUUGUGGGAGCCAAUGUGGUGGUGCUGUUUGACCCCACCUGGAACCCAGCCAAUGACCUGCAAGCUAUCGAUCGUGCCUAUCGUAUUGGCCAGUGGAGGGAUGUCACUGUGCUACGGCUGAUCUCAUUGGGUACUGUGGAGGAGAUCAUCUACCUCCGACAGGUUUACAAACAGCAACUGCAGAGCACAGUGGUGGACCGGGAGAGUGCACGGCGGUACUUUGAGGCGGUGCAGGGCACAGACGGCCAUCAGGGGGAGCUCUUCGGGACCAAGAACCUCUUCAGGCUGCAGACCCAGGGGACCUGCCUGACCCGCCAGCUGCUGGAGCGGGAGGGUCGCGUGGAGGCCGGUGUGGUCACAGCCAGCACGCACGCGGGCGGGGCCGACGGCGGUGAAGAGGCGGGCGGCGAGGAGGAGACAGGCGAUUCUGGGAAACCCGCGCCCGCUGAUGCCUCCAAACCAAACAGCCCACCGGGCGAAGGGUCCAACACCCCCUCCUCCAGGGGGGUGUUGGACUUUAGCAGCGGCAGCGAAGAGGACGACGUCGGAGGCAACAUCAGGAGGAGGGAGGGCGCGGAGCUCCGCGGGGAAGACGGGAACAACGCCAACACCGCCUCCCCCCGACCCAACCUCCUCCACUGCGGCUUCUCCCGGCUGCUGACGGGGGGGGCGCAGAUGCCGUCCUCCGGGGUGGAGGACAGCAGUCUGAGUGAGGGGGAGUCGGGUGGUGGUGGUGGUGGAGGUGGUGUUGAGGAGCGAUCCACCAAGAAGAAGCAGAAAGAGGUGGAGGAGGGGUGCACUUCCCAGGGGUCCUCAUCCGGUACCCCUGGGAACGGCGUCUCCGUCAAAGGUGGGGUCCUCCCCGACACCUCAGGUGGGUCCGGGGGAGAGGGCCGCCACAGAAGGUGGACGAGCGCAAAAAGGGCGGAGGGGAUGAGGAGGACGGGAUCGGACGAGGCCCGAGCAGCCCCCCGAGGGCGGCACGUGACGUCAGACACCGACGAAUCGGACGACCUGGGCGAGGCGGUGAGAGGCGGAGAGAGAGGCGGAGCCAACCGUACCAACAGGAAGAAACCCGCCGUCAGGGCCCGGUCCAAACACACGGAGCACAUCGAGACGUUCACCUCGUCUGAAGAGGAACACACGCCGGUCAAGAAGGGGAGAUCGGCGAGAGCAGACGGGUCCAGAGGGCUGACCGAUGGAGGCAAAACACCAAAAAUGGCGGACACUUUAAGGCCGCACGGCUCGAAAAGCGUCUCGUUCACCUCGCUGAAACCGCAGACGCACAGAGAUGGAACUAUUGACACCGUUCUAGGUGGAGUCAGUGAGGUGCUGUACACCCAUUCUAACCAGCGAGUGGUGGGCGGGAGCAAGGCCGAGGAGCGAAUCAGCCGGGCCGCCGUACGGGACGUGUUUGACCGGCAGAUGUAUUCGCAGUUCCCAGCUAAUCAUCUUGUAGGCACCCAGGAGAGCGAGUCGUCAGAGGGCCCUCCGGCCUCGGCAGCAGCCAGAGAGGAGGGUGAGAGGAGCCGGGCGGGGGCAAGCGGACUCAGGGUGCAGCACCCAGUCACCUCCGAUCGCCAGGCUGUCCACCACGGCCGGGAGGACACCUUUAUCCUGGGGCAGACGCCGCAAGCCAUACGCAGGCAGCAGCUGGACCAGAUGGCGUCCGAACUGGGCAUGUCUUCAGUCCGUGCCUUUGCGGAGGACGUCCUGAGCAGCAGCUCGGGUCAGAGACUAGCCUGGCUCAGACGGUACUACUCGUCCCUGGACCGUCCAGACCUGGCCGACAUGGUCACCAACUGGUUCCCCGAGCCCUCCGUGGGCCAGUCCACCUCCGUAGUGCGGCCCCCAAGCUCUCCCGCCCCUAAACCCAAAUGCAGAAGGAAAGUCUCUCCUCAGAAGGCUAGAGGGGAAUCUAAAGCCAGAGAAACGCCUCUUUUAACACCUCAGAAAUCCCCCAGAAUCCCUCAGGGGAGGGUCGCUGUUGGGGGCCGUGACAUCGGCAGAGGCCGUAAGAGGACACAUAGGGCGAGUGUUUCCAGCAGCGCCGCCUCCAGAGCUGCAGGGGGUCCUUGCUCGGACCCGGCCAGCAGCAGCAGUCUGGAGCCCUGUGGGGAGGCCGCUGCCCUGGACCCAACAGCCUCCGGUGCUGCGGUGGGCCGGACGGACAGGGCAUGCCCCCCGUACCCCCACAGAGAGGCCCCUUCCCCCUCGGACCCCCGUUCCAUCCUCACGGAGCUCAUCGGAGACACGUCGAUCCUGGACGACCUGUUCAGACCCACCUCAGCCAGAGGGGCGCCGCAGAGGCGGUUGGCGGCGGCGAGCCCCUCUCAGACCCCCCGACCCUGUCUCCAUGCCGAUGGCAGCGACCCCGCCACGCAAGCCCGCUCGGCCCCACCCCCCCCUCCUCCUCCGCCGCGUCACACGGCAGGCCGCAGAGACUUCUGGGACAUUUUGAACGAAGGCAGCGAGGAGAGCCUUGAGCGGCUGACGGACCUGUCGGUGCUGGAGAGGGUGCGUGGGAGGACGGCCCGCCCGGACCGGGGCGCGUCUGGGGAAGGAGGGGGCUCCGCACUAUGGAAGACUAAUGACAAGUUUCUGUGGAAGAAAUAGCAGGGUGGAGGGUGACGGUGCUACAGUGGGAUUCAAUUUAAAGAAGAAUUGUGAAGCCAGGGAUUAUGUUGCUUUCUCUUUCUUACUUUUUAGGUUUUUAAUAUUUCAAGAUAAAGAAAAAAUGUGUUUUCCUCCCUGUUUUAUUAUAAUAUCUAGCUUUGUUUUUAGUAUAUUUUAAUGACAUGCAAAACAUGCCGUAGGUAUUUAUGCAAAGUAAGCUGUAAAAAAAAUCGGUUCAAAAACUUCAAUAAACAGAAUUUGCAGACCUC